UUUACCAUGUUUUUUUCUGAAGAGGGGAAGUCACAUUCUUCUUCAAAGAACAUAUGCUGUAUUUGAUUUUAACGUGGAAGACCAUUAUCAAUUCAGCAAAUAAUAUCGAUUUGAAUGUUUUGCAUUUAUUUACACUUUGUUUUGUAACACGACAUUCUUUUGUUUUUAAUGACGCAGUAUUUGUUUAACUCCCCUUUAACCUGUACGGAGUGGAAGAGUCUCCACAAAGGCGGGAUGUUUUGGAAGUAGAAAACAGGUUUGGCAGAAGCAGACUGGGUUCCUUUUCUCUGCUAAAUGGAAAUACAGAAACAAAACUGGGUGUAGUUGCAGUAGUGCAAAGAAUGGACUGGGAUCAGGUAGAGCUGAACCCUAAAGUGGUACACGCUGUUAAGAGAGCAAAUGUGAAAACAUUCCGGGAGGUUUUGAGUCUGUCUGGUCCCGACUUGCAGAGACUGACCAAGCUGUCUCACGCGGAUGUGCAUCACUUGCAGAAAACAGUGGCUGCUGCUGUACAGACAGACCCAGCAGUGACAGCGCUGCAGCUGUAUCGGGGAGAAUGCCCCUUUCUGGAACAGCACCAGAAGCUGAGUCUGGGCUGCCCUGUCAUGGACUCUCUGCUGAGGGGGGGCAUCCCCCUGCUGGGUAUCCUAGAGAUAGCUGGGGAGAGCUCAGCCGGCAAGACCCAGAUCUGCAUGCAGCUCUGCUUGUCAGUGCAGUACCCCCGGAAAUACGGUGGCCUGGAAGCAGGCGCUGUCUACAUCUGCACAGAAGAUACUUUCCCAACCAAGCGUUUACAGCAGCUGAGCAGCCUACAGCACAAACUCAGGCCGGAGGUCCCAGCUGAUGUUGUUAAGAGCAUAACAUUUUGCGACAACAUCUAUAUUGAGCAUGCAGGAGACGUGGACUCACUGAACAGCUGUAUUUCAAAGCGGGUUCCGAUCCUGCUCUCCAGAGGGCUGGUGCGCCUGGUCGUGGUUGAUUCUAUAGCAGCUCUGUUCCGCUGUGAAUUUGAAGCCAAGGAUGCGCUUCUGAGAGCCAAGCAUCUGCUAGCAUUUGGAGCCACCCUUCACAGCCUGAGUCACAGAUUCAAGACACCCAUUGUCUGUGUUAAUCAGGUUGCAGAUGCAGUCGGUGACUCUGAUUUGGCACAGAGCAAUUUUGGGUUACUGGACAAGAAGGUGUUGCCGACUUUGGGGAUCACGUGGUCCAACCAGCUGCUGAUCAGACUGAUGGUGAGCCGGACUCGGUUCUCGCUGCAGGAGCGGUUGCCGGGCCUCGCGGCUCAGCCCUGGCACCUGGGCAGUGUUCUCCGCACUAUGGAGGUGGUGUUCGCCCCGCAUCUCCCGCAGUCCUUCUGCUACUACACUGUCAGCACAGAUGGAGUCCGAGGCGUAAAGGAAGAGCCUGCAUCGUAGCCUUUGGACGGGGCUUUACUCAGGCUUAAAAUGACCUUGUUGUGGGACAGUAGUGGCUCCCGUCAAAAGCCGCCAUGGUUCUUUUUUUCCAGUGACGUGGCUUAGGUGCCCGAAUGCAUAUGCGCACUUUUUAUUGACGUGCAUUCUAGUUUGGGUUAGAGAGGGAGGCUCUCUUUUGGAUCUCAGUUCUGUUUCAUGAACAUGCUACCUGGAACAUGCAUGCAAAGAUACAAUUUAUUAAUGUGAAAAUACUGUGCAUCUUACUGUUGUGAGUUCUAGGUCUUAGAUGUAGAGGGUAAGCCAGUGGACGCUGCUUUAUGCCAAAAUCAGGCUGCACAGACAGUCCGGCAGCGCUUCCAGUACUGUAUGUGUCUUAGGGUGUUCUACAAAGAUGAUGAAUACAUUUUAAUUCUUUAUCCCCAAAAAUGUGAUGUUUAACUAUGGAAGGAAAUCUACAAUUAUUCUAGAAUUAUUUCCAAAAUCAAGCAAAAAUUUAAUGUUGUUUGCAUUGUAAUUUUAAACUGAAUUCUUUUUUUUUUUUUUUUUAACUAUUGAAUUUGUUUUUAAUAACCACAAUCGUAUUUAAAUAAUUUUUCCAAAAUAAAGAACAAUGUUUUUUAAAUAAAUGCAAUAGUUCAAUCAAACCAUAUGACAUACAGCACACACGUGGUUGUGUACCACUAAGCAGGAAGUAUUUGGGAUCUAUAACAUAUCUUUAGUUGUAUUUAAAAAAAAACUUUUAUUUCCCAAAAGAAGAUGUAGCACAUGUAGAAUAUACAGUUAAAAAAGGACAGCAGGGAUACAGAAUACUACAGUAAGCAUUCAAUGUCUUUUAAAAAUUUAUUUUGAUAUUUCCUUUGUACACUUGCAACAUAAAUACUUCAACACAGUUCAAACAAUGUCACCACAACACCUUUCUAAAUGUAUACACUUGAGUUU